AUGAAUAAUAGCAAUUUUCAGGGUCUCCCUAAGGCACUAUACCCAGACUAUGGAUCCCCAGAAUGGAACAACAAAGGAGACAAUGCAUGGCAACUCACAGCAGCAACUCUGGUGUGCCUACAAAGUGUUCCCGGGCUCGUUAUCCUUUAUGGGGGCAUGGUGAAGAAGAAAAGGGCCGUGAACUCCGCAUUCAUGGCACUUUAUGCCUUUGCCGCCGUCCUCAUUUGUUGGGUCCUAUGGGCCCAUCACAUGUCCUUCGGAACCAAACUCAUUUCAAUAGUGGGCGGGCCCAAAGUGGCGCUGACCGAAAAGUUUAUCUUGGCCCAAUAUCCACUUGGGAAUGUGCCAAUGGCUGAUUUUGUGUAUUAUCAGUUUGCUUUUGCUGCCAUUACUGUGAUACUGCUUGCUGGGUCUCUGCUGGGGAGGAUGAACUUCAACGCCUGGGUGGUGUUCGUCCCAUUGUGGCUCACUUUUUGUUACACAAUUGGGGCCUUCACUAUAUGGGGCAAUGGGUUUCUUGAGCCAUACAUAAUUGAUUAUGCGGGUGGUUUUGUUAUUCAUCUUUCUUCUGGGGUUGCUGGUUUCACUGCUGCUUAUUGGGUUGGGCCCAGACACUCGCACGACAGACAACAUUUUCCACCAAACAACAUAAUUCAAAUGUUGGGAGGUGCAGGGUUUCUAUGGUUGGGAUGGACGGGUUUCAAUGGUAGAUCUCCAUUUUCAGUGAAUGGGAUCGCAUCUCUGGCCAUUCUUAACACCCAUCUAUGCACUGCCACCAGCCUCUUGGUGUGGGUUUCCAUGGACAUGAUCGUGUACAAGAAAAGCUCUGUAAUUGGUGCAGUCCAAGGAAUGAUCACUGGACUCGUUUGCAUUACACCGGGAGCAGGAAUUGUGUUUCCAUGGGCAGCGCUACUUAUGGGAAUAUUGUCUGGUUCCAUACCAUGGUAUACCAUGAUGGUCUUGCAUAGGAAAUCAGCGUUCUUUCAAAGCGUGGACGACACAUUAGGGGUCUUCCACACACAUGCUGUGGCUGGCACCUUGGGGGGGCUCCUCUCCAGCAUCUUUGCCAAACCCAACCUUUUGACACUGAUGUACGGACAAAAAUACGGUCCAGGCUUAGCAUACAGCUUUUCCAAUGGAGAAUUCAAAAAGGGCCUCAGCCAAAUAGGCUACCAGCUUGCCGGAGCUGCUUUUGUCACUGCAUGGAACGGCGUCAUGACGAGCUUGAUUUGUAUUCUGAUAAGCCGGAUUGUUAGUCUUAGGAUGAAUGAAGAUGACCUUGAGAGUGGCGACGAUGCUGCGCAUGGAGAGGAGGCGUCUGCACUUUGGGGUGAUGGGGACAACAUGCCAACCUCUCGUCAUUGGCUAAUAUCUCCGAGAAUACCUUCCCUUUGUGGCCGAAACGUCUAG